AUGGCAGUUACGUUUUCUCUUGAAGAAAACCUCUUCAUAGAGGAAAAGUUAGCAGCAAAAGUAAAGGAUUAUUUACUAGGUGGUAAACGACAAGAAUCGCUUGGUUUUCUUAAAAGGACUGUGAGCAGUAGCAGUGAUGAAGAAGUUCUGCGAGAUACUGAAAAACCAGCAGGUGUUCGGGACUGGGAUUUUCCUGUCGAGAAGGAUCUAAUUCCUUCCGUUAAGGAUACUGUACCCUCCACUUCAAAUGAUAUAGAUGGUUCACCCUUUGGAUGGUUUUCUCAGUGCUUUGCAGUUACAUACAACUCACUGGAUUAUGUGCUACUGCUUAAUCGGCAAAGAUUUGCACUCUUAACUAGGGCUGCUCUGCAUCAAAAUCAAUGUGAAAUUCGCUGUUUGAAGGAGUUGGACGUUCAGUUACCGUUUACAGAAGAAGACACAAUAACAUGUGGCUGUCUUUUCGGUCUUGGUACCCAUAGGGUUUCGGAGCCUCUGGACUGUCUAAUAGUCGUGCUAGGAUUGUCUAAUGGCUAUGUAGUUUUCUUCACGGAAAACGGCACACUUUUGUUCUUCGAACAGUUUUCGACGACGGACAUUUUGUGUGUGUCCUUCGACCAAACGGAUGACGGCCAACAGCUCACCGUGGUUACUUCUGCUGAUUUUUUCGCUGUUGAUCCUUUAAGCCUGCAUUCAACUCUUCUAAAGGCUAAAACUGCGAUUGCUAAAGGUGAGAAAACCGCAGAGCAGUUGUCGAAGAAGUUAGAAGUGGACGUAGACAGAUUGAAACCUGAAAAAGGAAAUGGUGAAUUGCGUCAUGUUCUGUUCACAGGGCUUCAUAAACAGUCCGCUUUUGAACAGUACUCUACUGCUUCGAUUGCUUCCUAUAAUGAAACAAUAAGUAGUGCUGCACCCCCUUUGUAUUCUAUGUAUAUGUACACAACUGAUAGUACCUUUGCCACUUUUGCGUGGACGUGUGAAGGUGAUCGGAAAAAGAUAUGGUCAGAAGCCAUAAAAUAUGGCAAAUCGUUUGUACCCCAUUUUGGAUUCCGUGACAUGCUGGGAAUUUCUAGCGAGCCGCGGAAGAAAGUUGCUGUUGCUAAAGAUUCUCAUGUAGUGACUACUCGUGGUUUCUUGGGCGAUUCACGUUUUGCGGUCGAGGUUGCUCUGGAGGCAUCACGUGGCCUCGUUGCCGUUGUAGAUCACGUAGCUAGAGUGAUGCUAAUAGACAUAUUCAAUCGUCAAGUUAUUCGGGUUUGGAAAGGGUACAGAGACGCCAGUGUAGCUUGGGUCACAUCCACGAAUGACAAGCAAGCGGCGUUAUUCCUUGCAAUUUUUGCUCCACGUCGAGCUCUGCUUGAAGUGUGGAAUGUGCAGAGUGGUGUGAGAGUUGGUGCUGUUCAUGUUGAUCCUUCUGGUGUGCUGCUAGAUGGUGGAACUGCAAAUAUUCUCUGCGGAUCUCACAGUUUGCAACCUCAACGCGACGCGUUCUUUGUUGAUAGCCAGGGCAAGUUCUGUCGUUUAACAGUUCCCUUCCAUCUUUCGAUGCUGCGAAUCACUUCACAAGACCAACACGAUCAAUUAUUGCUCUCGAAAUUCUCUCCUUCGUCUGAUAUUAAUUCUAUUAUGUCUAUAUUUACUACACUUCGAUUACAAAAGUCCAAGCGUGAGCUACUUUUGAUGAUUUUGCCGUCUUUUAUCGAGUCAUCUGCGGUACAGUCUAUACUGGAUGAGAUUGGCAAGCACGAUAUUGGGCCCGGUCCGCUGGAGGAUCUUCUGAGUUCACUGAGACAGCUGCUCAGCGUGUUUAACAGACUUGUUGGAUACCACCGAUGUGAAAAGCAAGAGGGAGACUUGCCAAAGACCCCAUUUAGUGGGCAAGUGCAAUCAGUGAUUAGAAGACAUUGCCUAGAGGGCGAAAUUGUUGAUCCUCAUAUUAUGACUGUAGGUGAUUUUUUCGCCUUCAUCGACUGUAGAUCAACUAACUCUGCUCUGUGGGAGAGGAAUUAUCCCGAUUCUGAUGUUAUUAGUUUUGGCGAAUUUAUUUUUACACCGGUGCUGCGAAGACAGAUUGAUGUGGAAACCUUUUUUGAUACGGUUCUGCCGGAUCUUCCAUUUGUAAUGAAGAGCUUUCCUGACCUACUCAGCUUCUUUUUCACAAAAACUUACACUCAAGUUGGUUGUUAUGGUUUUGGAAGCCUCUGUGAUUUGUUGGCAGAAUUUGAACUCCAAAUUCCUGGAACACUGAGCAAAUGUGAAAGAACUGCUUUAGAAUGCCGUAAUAUGAGUCGAGCCCUUCUUCAAUAUUCUGCCUGCUGUGUUGUUAGAAAACAACAGUCAACAACAACAAAACAAGACGAAGAAUCUAGUGAGGAUAUCAACAUGUCAAGUGCUGAUGACUGGGAAUCGUUUGACCCAGAAGUAGAACAUGCAGACUGCACCAUUCUUACUAUGCAUGCAGCUUGGCUUGCCGCUAAAUUAGGGCAGCUAGUGCCAUACUCGAAGGUCAUCAGCGGUGCCCAGUCAUUUUUCCGCGAACAGGUAGCUGCAUCAGCGGCUCGACAAAAGUGGAAAUCUGAAGAGUUAGAAGAGCAUGUAUCUUCCAUCCCUGAUAUAACUGAAUUAAAAGAACUUUUGCCCUACUCAUUGAAACUGUCAUUGCUUCGGUGUGAAAUAGCAUGGGAACUGAUGAGUCUUUGGUUCAAAAACAGCGUUCUGGACUUCGCUAAUUAUGAGUUAGCACUGAAAUAUCUCGAAUCUGUGGAAGACAGUCGACUUCGGCACGGUGUGAUUUCAUUAAUGUGGCAAAGUUUCAUAGCGGAUCGUUUCAAAGCAGUCGUUCUAUUGAUUGAGAAAACUGGACGUGCUCCAAAGGAGCGGGAGGCACGACAACACCUACAAAUGCCAGAAACACGUAUUAACGAAAUUCCGCCAACAUGUGUACUAUUCAUGUUGGAGUACGGACCAGGAAGAAGCUUAGCAAUGCGGAUUCCUUCACAAAGUGCAUCCAAGACGCUGCAAGGGAAACGCUCCCGCGCUGGUGACUUCAACCAGGAAAAGCGUCUUAGAAGGAAGCUGCGUUGUCAACAGCAACAAGACCGCGAUAGCGAGUGGACGUCAGCGAUGGAGUUUGAGAAGGCGUGGGAGGACAGGAACCCGCGGAAAGCCUAUGCUCUACAAAGACAUUAUAGCGGCAAAAUGAAAGGAUGCUCUCCUGUCCUCAACACUGCCAGUGGAGUAGCUGUCGGUGAAGCAACCCUUCCAAUUUGGAAGGAACACUUCAAGACCUUGCUGAACCGGCUGGCACCGUCAGCUCCUGAACUCGAACACAUUCAUAGACCGACAUAUGCGGUUAACGAGGAGUCACCGACCGAGUCGGAGGUCGUGGUAUGUAUUCAGAAAAUAAAGAAUGGAAAAUCUGAUGGAGAUGACGGGAUUAGCGCAGAAAUGCUAAAAUAUCUUCCUCCGUCUGGGAUUCUUGAGAUGACAAAGAUCAUCCGUUCAUGGAUAGACGAAAGGAUAUCUGAUUCGUGGAGACACGCUAUCAUAAUUCCCCUCCACAAGAAAUUAUCCGUCACGGACCCCAGGAAGUCCCAAGACCCCAGGAAUCUCUUUGCUGUGUGUUAUGUACAAGAAACGACGCGCAAUGAGCAAGCUGGCUUUCGUCCUGGCCGUUCCACGAUUGACCAGGUGUUCAUCAUCAGGAGAGUGAUCGAAAUCUGGCAGCGGUAUUUGAAGCCAAUGCAACUAGCGUUUCUGGAUUUUGAAGCCGCGUUCGACUCUCCUCACCGAGGCCGUCUUCUGAACGCACUUCGCGCCGAUGGAGCACCACGAAAGUUCGUUCGCUUGCUUGAUGACAUGAAUCAACGAACAACUGCUGCAGUUCGGACACCAGCCGGAUGUACAACACCGUUUGAAGUGGUAAGACAAGGGGCGGUAGCAGGACCCUUCCUGUUCAAUUUCGCCAUUGAUGACAUUAUGCGAAGAACAGUCGACCAGUGUCCUGCCGACAUUGUCUUAGCACCAUCAUUGUGCCCCUUGACUGACCUCGAGUACACCGACGAUGUUGUUAUAAACUUCAAGAAACUUCAACAUGUUGUCAACCUUGUAUCGAAGCUGGCUGCAGCCUAUGGACUACUUCUACGAUCUGACAAAUGCAAGCAGAUGUGGAUCUCUUCGAGACCUCGAACGGAAAUCAGGGUGGACGGACAACCGAUAGAACUCGUCGAUGAGUUCUGUUAUCUGGGCUGCACGCUGAAGAACAACGGCAACUACGAGAGAGAUGAAAUGCUUGUGGUCGACCCCAUCACCAACGAAGUCAAGCUGCCAGUCUACCUGUCCGCAAUUCGCCCCAUCAUGAUGUACGGAUCGGAGACUUGGGCAGCACCAUCAACGGUUAUGGAGAGGCUUGAUUGCACGGAGCGAAAGCUGCUUAAACGGCUACUUGGCUACUUUUGGCCUAGGGUAUGUCAUGACGUAGAACUCUGCUUCGAAGUUGACAUUGUGUAUCGGCGAAUGACAUGUGGAAAACGUCAACAUCUUGCUCGGAAUUCUGAAGUAGUCAUGGAAAACCGUCUUCUCUUUUUUGGUCACGUUAUAAGGAGACCGUUUGAUCAUCUUGUCCAAGUGGUCUUGAGGAUGCUUCCAAAUCCUAAUUGGAAAAGGCUGCCUGGUCGUAAAAGAAACGGACGGAGCCGCUUGUGGAAUAGCGACGGAUGGGUAGAUUCCACGCGAGCUCUAGCUGAAGAUCGAACAGGAUGGGCUCGGAUAUGUUCAAGGACAACACACCCCGGCGAAGAUGCGGAUAGCCACAAUGAAGAUCUUUACGCAGAAAUUGAUGUGGUAUACCGGCGGAUGACACGUGGAAAACAUCAACAUCUUGCACCGCCAUCGAAAGUGGCUAAAGUAAAUCGUCUUCGUUUGUUUGGUCAUAUAUUAAGGAGGCCGGCAGAUCCCCUUGUUCAACGAGUUUUGAGGAGUUCGUCGGGUUCGAGCUGGAAGAAGCCACCUGGCCGAAAACGGAAGUUUCGGACUGAGGUGGUGAAAGAGGACCUGAGGUCACUCGGCGUGGGUAGGCAGUUCAGGCGAGACCUAAGGUUUCGCAGAAUAUGGAAUAGCGACGAAUGGAUUGAUUCUGUGCAAGCUCUCGCAGAAGAUUGA